AUGUGCUCGCGAUAUGCGGAAACGCAAUGUUGUGUAUGCUGUCGGUUUUUGGAUCAGUCGAGUAGUCGGAUAAUUGUUGAGAUUUGUGGUCAUCAAAAGUGUCGGGAAUGUUUUAUCAAAGAGGAAGACGGGUGCUCGAUUUGUGCACGAAACAAAGGAAGAGAAUGUCCUAGUGAAAUUGAUAGACGAUCCAAUGGUCAUGAAAGUAGUUUUGAGGUGAUUCCGUCGAGUAGCGAAAGUGUCAAAGUUUUGAAUGCGGGCAGAGCUGGCGAAGCACCUUUUGCUGGCGAAAUCAACGAAGAUGUAUCACAUAUUAUUACGAUGAAUGAAAAUGGUGACGAGGUUCGGUACAAGUGCACAAUUUGCCAGAAAAGUUUCAAGAGUAGGAACAAUCGCAAAUAUCAUGUGUUCUGCGAUAAAACACGCUCCAAACCAUUCCAAUGCAAUCAAUGUGACAAACAGUUUAUUACCCUCGCUCAUAUGAACUAUCACCAAAGCACACAUAACACCGACAAACAAUUCGCAUGCCCACACUGUCAGAAGAUUUAUUCGGGACCAAUCGCACUAAAAAAACAUAUGAAGAAACAUCAAAAUGAUUUCAAGUACCAAUGUUCACAAUGUGAUGAAAAAUUUCUUUAUAAGGAGCAGCUUAAUAUUCACCAGAACCGACACAACAACGUGUUUCACAAGUGUUCAGAAUGUGGGAAACGCUUUUUGGUCAAAUCAAAUCUGACCAAACACAUUCAAAGCCAUUCGGGCCUCAACCGAAAAGUCUGUCCAAUAUGCAAGAAUUCGUUUAGCGGAAACAGUGCCUUAAAAACCCAUAUGCUGACGGUACAUAGUAAAUCGAAACCGUAUCAGUGUGAGAAAUGCUCCAAAAAAUUCAUCGACCAGCGAACGCUCGAACGACAUUGGAAAACGCAUUUAGACAAUCUAUUUUACGAAUGCACGCUAUGUUCGGCGAAGAGUGGCAGAAAGGAUAACAUUCGUCGACACGUACGGAAUUUGCAUUCCGAGUCUGACGAAGAGCUACAGCUAAUUUUAGACAAGAUUUUCGAUAAUUUUGAAAAGAGGAAAACCAACUCAAUAGCUUGUUCGAAUGUGGUGAGAGAGGAGAAGACUGAGAAAUCAAGAGCAGCUAUGAACACCGACCAAUCUGUAAAUGUGGCAGCUUGUGUACAAGAAUUGAAUGAAGUGAGAAAAUCGGUUGAAGAGGAGCCAAUCAAGCCAUUGAGUGUUGUAAGGAAUAUUGCGACAUCGGUCAUCAAAUUUGUGGGCCGAUCGCAGGAUGUGUCAGUGCAAAAGGGAGAAGAAAAGAGUGCAAAACAAGCUGAAAUCGUCGAUAAACCUGAACCAAUUCAGGUUGAAGAAUCACUUGAGGUGGUACAUGGACAGUUAAGUUCAACGGCAACUGAACCAGAUCCAAUUGCAGAAAUCGGCGUCAAUUUACCAUCACUUGAGCCAUUGAACUUUGAUGCAUUCCCGAACAUUGCACCGUUGCCCUUGAUCAAUACCAAUACCAAUUUAACGGUUUAUCGCCAGCUUUUGUCACCAUAUCUUAAAAAGCAACCAGAUUCAAGCAACGCCAGCACAAAUGAUGAUGCUUCGAUGCAGCCCAGGAGAUCACCGAAGAAAAAUUACAAGCCAAGCUCAACACCCACCAUGGUCAUUGAUCGACCACCGAAAAAAAUGAUCGAAAAAUAUGAAUUUUAUCGCAGAUAAGAUUUUAUCAAGAAAUGUGUCUGUUUACAGUGAACAUUUGAAAUUAAAUGGAUUUUUUUGAAGCUGAAAA